AAAUUCAGUAGCGGCUGCAAAGAUAUCUUAUCCCAUUGUGAGAAGCCUUCUCAGUAGGGAACAACUACGUCAAAGGCCGGAAUUGCCGCAAACCAUUACCGAAUUUGAUUUAAUAUUAUCAAAUUAUCAACCAGUUCAACAUAUCUUUAAGGGCACGGUGACAUCAGAUGAGGGUUAUAAAGCAGUUAUAUUUACAAGUGACGUUCUACUAAAUAUCUUAGUAACAGCAACUGAAAUUUAUAUGGAUGGUACGUUUUCGGUAAUUCCCAGAGUGCCAUCCUUUGCGCAAUUAUACACCAUUCACACACGCUAUAUGGACACGGGUAUAGCAGUCCUCUUUGUAUUGUGCGAAAAACGCACAAUGGGUUUGUAUAACGCAAUUUGGCAAAAAGUGAAAGAGCUGUGUCCAAAUGCGUUACAACAAGUAGAAUUAGUCAUGAGCGAUUAUGAACGCGCGGCAAUGACGAUCGCAAAACAGAUUUUUCCGGAAUCGCGAAUAAUCGGCUGCUGGUUUCAUUUUAAUCAGGCUGUAUUAAGACGUUGGAAAGCCUUAGGAUUAACAACAGCCCCAAGGAAGGUUCUCGGUCUCACUAUGGCUUUACCAUUAUCUCCGAUUGAUGCAUUCGAGGAAGGAUUACAAAUAAUCCAAGAAGAAGCUGAUAUGAUGUCGGCGGAAUAUCCCGCUGUGUUGCAUUUUAUUAUGUAUUUGAGACGUACUUGGCUUCCAAUAAAAGAUAAAGUCUCUGUCUUUGAUACGUCUAUACGAACAAAUAAUUUUGUGGAAAGUUUUCAUUUUGCAAUUUUACGCAAAUUUGGUGGAAUUCAUCCCAACAUUUGGAAUUUCCUUCAUCAUCUAAGUGGUCUGAUCACCGAUCAGGAAAUAAAUAUUGUAAGAUUGACGGAAGGGCUUAAUGUAAAGAGAGCACGGGUUCGAUAUGACAUGAUUCGCGACAAACGCAUUGCAAAGGCGCAAUUUUUACUGACCUUGGGAAGAUAUUCGUUGAAGGAAUUUCUUUUAGCACUGAGCAAUAUGGCACGGUUACCCGAAGAGAAUAUUG